AUGUCUGUUUCCAACAUCACUGAUAACAGUCUCCCAGCUACUCUCUUCCUGACAGGGAUCCCAGGACUGGAGCCCUUCCACAUUUGGAUUGCCAUCCCCUUUUGUGCUAUGUAUCUCACAGCACUGGUUGGGAAUGCUGCCCUCAUCCUUGUCAUUAUGACAGACAGAGCUCUUCAUGCACCCAUGUAUCUCUUCCUUUGCAUUCUGUCACUCACUGACCUGGCUCUCAGCUCUACUACUGUGCCCAAGAUGCUGGCCAUUUUAUGGAUGCACGCUGGUGAGAUUUCCUUCAGUGGGUGCCUGGCCCAGAUGUUUUGUGUCCAUUCUAUCUAUGCUCUGGAGUCCUCAGUUCUUCUUGCCAUGGCCUUUGAUCGAUAUGUAGCUAUCUGCAACCCUCUGAGAUACACAGCAAUUCUCAACCAUACCGUCAUAGGAAGAAUUGGGUUUGUUGGGAUAUUCCGUAGUGUGGCUAUUGUCUCUCCCUUCAUCUUCUUGCUGAGGCGACUGCCCUACUGUAGGCACCAUGUCAUGGCACACACAUACUGUGAGCAUAUGGGCAUUGCCCGACUGGCUUGUGCUAACAUCACUGUCAAUGUUGUCUAUGGAUUGACUGUGGCUCUGCUGGCCAUGGGUCUGGAUUCCAUUCUCAUUGCCAUCUCCUAUGGUUUUAUCCUUUGUGCUGUCUUUCGUCUUCCAUCCCGUGAUGCCCAGCACAAAGCUCUGAGUACCUGUGGUUCCCACUUGGGUGUCAUCCUGGUUUUCUACAUCCCUGCCUUCUUCUCCUUUCUUACUCACCGCUUUGGUCACAACAGAGUUCCCAAGCAUGUGCACAUCUUUCUGGCCAAUCUCUAUGUGCUGGUGCCUCCUGUGCUCAAUCCUAUUAUCUAUGGAGCUAGAACCAAGGAAAUUCGGAACCGACUUCUAAAACUGCUUCAGAUGGGGAAGAUCUCAAUAUAA